CCGUAUAAUUAGGACACCCCCGCCCCCCCCCCGUUACCGUGGCAACCAAGUGCAACAUUCCCAGUCCCUGCGAUGAAGCCGUACAAUUAAAGGGGAAAGGCCUGGUAUCUGAAUGUGUAGCUCGGGGUACCAUUACAGGCUCUGUGUAUUAACCCCUUCAUAGCCGUCACCAGCCAGGACCAGCACCCCAGCACCCCAGCACCCCAUAGUGUGAGUGGGGUGACAAGAUGGCAGCCGGGGAUCCAGAGAGCAGGGAGCUCAGCCUGAUGGAUAAGCAGGUCUCCAGCUUGUUUGAUAUUUCCUUGAACUCCCAUCUCAUUUCCAUAAAUUUACACUGCAAUCAAAUCUGUAAGCUUGAAGGACUGGAACAUCUACGCAAUUUACAACAUCUCGACCUGUCAUCUAAUCUCAUAACUAGAAUUGAGGGCCUUGACUCCUUGAUGUGUUUACGCACUUUGAAUUUGUCUUGUAACCAGCUUACAAAAAUUGAAGGGCUGGAGGGAUUAUUAAACCUCAGAGAGCUCAAUCUAACUUAUAACCGCAUACACGAUCUUACUGGACUAAUACCACUCCAUGCACAGACUUAUAAGCUCAGCCAUCUUUAUCUCCAUAGCAACUGCAUCAAUGACUUUGAACAUGUAAUCCAUUGCAUAGUUGGGUUACAAUCCUUGCUUUAUCUCACGUUUGAGCAGAGUGGAAAAGAUAAUCUGGUUUGCAGUUUAACAGGAUACAGAGAAGUUAUUUUAGAAGCUUUGCCAAAACUAAGAGGACUUGAUGGAAUAAACCAGAGUGGUGAAUCACUUACUGGACAUCAUGGAGGAUCAAUGGACCUGCCUAAUAUGGAGUUCUUGGAAUACUUGAUAGCAUUUGAUAUUGGAAGUGGAUGCAAGGAGGUAGAGGAUUCUAAAAAUGUACCCGUGAUAACACCAAGAAUUGAUCAAGUAUUAUCUCACUAUAGAAAAUCUCCUGGUAGCUAUGUAUCAGGUAAUAUGAGUAAUGGUGUGAAUACCACCACUUCAUCAGAUAAAGAGAGUGCUACACAUCAAGAUACCAACAGCAUGUUGCGUGAAAUGAGAAUUAAGAAGCUAGAGGAACAAAUGGCAAAUCAUUUGGAAAAGACUUCCACAUCAAAAACCAAAAGGCCAGUAAGUAUAAUGAAAGCAAAGAGAGACACCGAUCUGACAACUGAAAGUGACUAUGAUAGUGGAAAAGAAAACUCAAGAAAUAGUGAAACAAACCGUAGCCGAAUCCCAGCCUAUUGUAAAAAUAAUUACACCCCCAGGACCACUAACAAACCGUCAACAGCCAGGAUAUCAAACAGUGUGUUGAAAAAAAGUGCAGUACGGAAGCAGAAAAGCCCCAAUCCCUGGGGAAAAGCUGGCGUUCAGAGUUGUUUGUCUUCUGAUAGACCAGAAACAGACAGCUCCGAACAAGUAUCUGGAAAGCUGCCGACAUACCUAAAGAGUCAAAAAAGCAAAGCAGCAGCAACUGUGCCUAAUCCAACAGAGGAAUCCACUUAUCGGGCUCUUGUACAGGAAUUGGACCAAGAACGAGAACGAAGAUGGAAAGCAGAACAAUCUUUAGUGAGACUAACUGAAAACCUCAAAGAUUUACAGUGUCAGGCUAAAGAAGAAAAAAAUAUCAACAGCGUGGCUGUUUAUACCACUGAUAGGAUUAAAGAAUUACUUUUAAAGGAAAAAAAUGCAAAUGUCAUGUUAAAAGGUUUUGUUCAACGCUUGAAAGAAGAAAAUGAGACCCUUGCAAAUGAACUUGAGAAAUGUGCAAACAAAGAGGAAGACUAUAAGAAAGCUUUAAAGAAUUUGGAAGAUUCUCUGUCCAAAUUGGAGACCCAACAUGUGCAGAAACAAACAUUGGAGAUGAAGCAUAUUCAAGAAGUGGAACGUAAAGCAUCUGCAUCUCAAAGAGAAGUUGACCUGCUUAGAGUGUCUGUUCGCAAGCAGAAAGACAAAGUUCAGCAACUCCAUGAACUGCUCACUGCCCGAGAGGAGGCACACAGGAAAGAAUUAGAAUCAAGAGUACCUCUACAUGGGCCUGAAUUCCAAGAAGCUGUGUCUAAGGAAGCUUCCAAGGAAGAACGUCGCCAUAGUCAACAAAUAAAUGAAUUCCAAGAGAAAAUAAAUGCACUGACACAGCAGUAUACAGCUCUAGAAGACGAAUUUCGAUCCGCUCUGAUUAUUGAAUCCAGACGGUUUAAAGAGGUUAAAGAUGGCUUUGAUAGCAUGUCUGCAGAAAUAUCCGAAUAUAAGGAGGCACUUAAUUGCUGCCAACGAAAAGAAAAGCAGUUGGCGGCUUUAAAUCAAGAGCUAACUACCAUGGUGAAGGAGCAGAAAGCAAGGAUAGCAGAAAUUACAAAAGCAAAGCAAGAGAAAACCAGUGAAUUAAAAAGCAAAAUCGGUACCCUGGAAAGAGUUGCUGAAGAAGAAAAACGCAAAACUGUUCAAAUUGAAGUUCUGAAGCAAGAAAAAUCAAAACUGAUUUCACAGCUCACUGCACAGGAGUCAUUGAUAGAUGGAUUAAAAGCGGAGAGAAAAAUCUGGGGACAAGAGCUAACUCAACAAGGGGUUUCACUGGCACAGGAUCGAGGAAGGCUAGAAGCAAAAAUUGAGGUUCUUUCAAAUGAAAUUGAAACCUUGAAAAAGCACAAUGAACGUGACAAUGAUGCUCUAAAAAUCAAAAUCAAAGUUGUUGAUGACCAGACAGAAACCAUAAGGAAACUUAAAGAAGGACUGCAAGAGAGAGAUGAACGAAUCCGAAAGCUGCGUGAAGAAAAUAUUGGGCUUGAGAAAGCAUUACGAGAACAGACCGACGAAAAGACAGCACAACUGGAGGAACUAAAAGGGAAGCUGGAAAGACAGAUUGCGAGGAAGGACGAAGCCGAAUUGCUCCUUGAAGAGAGAGAAGCUGAACUGGAAGAUGUGAAGAAGGCUUACAGUGCAAUGAAUAUGAAGUGGCAGGAUAAAGCGGAAUUACUAAACCAGCUUGAAACGCAAGUCAGGAAGAUGAAAGAGAAUUUUGAUGCCAAGGAAAAUAAGUUGAUUGAAGAGAGAGACAAAAGCAUCCAAACUCAGAAAGCUUUAACAGAGAAAUUGCGCUUGGUGGAUGACGCCUUUCGUCAGCAGCUGGAGUCGGUUCUCGCUGCUCAUCAAGCUGAACAUAUUAAGGUAGCAAGUGACAAACAAAAAGAAAUCGAAGCAGCACACGAGAGGGUUUUCCAGGUGGAAGAAGAGAUGCGUCAGCUUUUACAAGAAACCGCAAAGAGCAAAAAAAACACAGAGGAAAAGAUUAAGCGACUUACGAAAGCUUUGAGUGAUAUUCAACAAGAACUAUAAAUAUAUUUUAGAAUUUCAGAUACGUGUAAGAAAAUGUUCAUGUAAAAAGGAUAUGUAUAUAUUUCAGUGUUAUAUCUGUUAAUUUUAUGAAAGGCACUUUCAAGGUAACUGGUAAGUGAUCUGCAACUCUUUAAAAGAACACUCCAGGCACCAUAACAACUUAAAUGGGAUGAACUGGUUAUGCUGAAAAUAUGUUCCUGGCACUAACUUAUCUUUAGGUUUUAAGAAGUCUUCCUUCCAGCGCUCUUUAGCUCUGUCCUUGUCCUUCUGCUUUUCUGAGAUUCUUCAAACAGGAAGCCUUGGACAGGAGCGCUGCUAAUUGGCAGAGUAGCCCUCCAUUCAUAAAAAUUACUUGAGAAUAAUAUGUACGUAUAUCAAGCCGUUUUAUGAAUGAGGAGCUACAGAUUUGGCUUAGAGCGUCAUCUGAGGCACUCAGAUAAUCUGCGGCACCCCUGUCUCCGAGGCAGUCUAAAGGCUUCCUGAGACAAGUUCAAAACCAAGUGGGAUACAGUCAUAUACCUAAAAAUUCUUUACAUCAACAGGACAUAGUGCAACACUGUAUAUAUAAAUUAAUAUACUGCUUUAAUGAUUGCACUCACACACAUAAGAGAAGUAUGCGCAUAUUACAAAUCCUCCCCUGUAAUGGGUAUGGGAUCAGGAACUCCUACGUGCUUUUCCUUCUCACAAACAGAUACCAGGUCUGAGGUUUCCUGUUUGAAGAAUUUCAAAGAAACAGAAGGACAGGGGCAGAGCUAAAUGACUCUGGAGAGAAGACUUUGUGGUUAAACCGUUUGUGAACAAUUUAAUCUCUACAGAUAAGCCAGUGGCAACAUAAUAACCUCCUGGCAACAUAACAACUUAAUUUUCAUUAAGUUGUUAUGGUGCACAAAAUGUUGCUUCAAUUAGUUAUUAGAAGCAUGUUUUGUAUCUUUAUAUUUGUGAAGGGUCUGGUCUCUAAUGUAAAAUCAGAUCUUAUUUUUAUUAUUUAUUUAAAAUUGUAAUUCACCAAAUUAAAUA